CAGCUGUUUCCGUUGCUCCCCGGCAUCCCGAGUUUGGUUGCUAUGGCGCAGUCGCGAUGAUCGCUGCCGCGUGAAACGGGGUGCGCGCGAUGGAGGAAGAGGACGCGAGAGACUACAAUGAACCUUGUGGAUAUUGUUCUGCUGUCAGCUGGAGCAUUACAGAAGAAGGCAGAUUUUACUGCACAUCUUGCCACACCGUCAUAGAAAAGACUAGAGAAGUUCAAACUGGUGAUGUUAUUACUAAUGCAAGGGCACAGUCUAUCUCUAGAGGAUUAAGAAAAAGGAAGAAUAAAUUUGAUAAAGGCUGGGAAUGGUUUAUAUGUGAAGGUUUUCAGUAUAUUCUUCGAAAACAAGCUGAAGCUCUGCAAUCUUUAGGAGUUUCUUCUCAGAUGAAGGAUGAAGUUCUGUAUAAUUUUUGGAGACGAUAUCUUCACAAGAGCAAAGAGGCUUAUAGUGACAAGACUCUCGGUGAUGUUACUCAUGAUAUUUCAUCCCACACAGACACUGAAACAGAAGUUGAAAGUACUAGCCCGAUUAAUUUGACUUGUUCAACAAGUGAUAUAGAUGUGAUAUCAGAAUUUAGCACUGCUGCUGCUUCUUCUGUUAGUAAAUCAUCAGCAAAAUCUGGCUGGUCCGGAUCAGUGGACGGCAGUUCAUAUUUACAGAAAAAAAGGAAAGGGGAUCUGAGCUUGUCCAUGCCGAUGACUCUGGCUUUCUGUUCUCUGGCAUUACUAUGGCUGAGGGAAUCCAUUACAUUAUCAGAUCUUUUAAGGUUGGUAAUGGAUGGUCACAUUCCUUACUUGAAUGCUUUUAAAGAGUUCCCAGAGGAGAUGAAGAUGUAUGGAUCUGACUUUAAGAUCUUUCAUGUGCAGUCUUGGCCUAAGUAUGAUGAUGUUUAUAAAAAAAUGCAUGCCCUUGCAGAAUUCAUCGACCUGCCUUGUUUUCCAGAUAUAACAGAGGGCAGCUUCCUUCAUCCAAAUAUUAUUUGCAUGAAAUAUAUGCUGGAAAUCAACUUGCCUGAUGAUAUGAAUAAAUGGACUGGUAGAGUGAUAAAAAAAAUUGGUGUUGGUGAAACAGACUUUCUGACGCUUCAUCCUGGCAAUAAAUCCACUUGGAAAGUGAAAUAUGAUAUACUUGCUGUAGCUAUUAUUAUAGUAGUGCUGAAAAUUUUAUUCUUGUUAGAUGAUGAAUAUGAAUGGCUGCUAGCAAACUACGCGGAGGAAAGAAACAAAAAAAAUGAAGAAGGUUGUCCAAUUUUUGAUAUUAGAAAAUGGUACAUGGUUGUAAAGAAUAUCCUGGAUGUAGAGCAGAAGAAAUAUAAUGAAGAAAGGAUCAGGCGUUUAUGGCGAUGUGAGAAGCCACUAUUAUAUUCAGCCUCUGAAAAGUACGUUGUCCUCAAGAAGAAACAGAUGGUAAUGGAUCUUCAGAGACAGUUUCGUACCCUGACAGGCUGCCUGGAACUAACUGAGAAGCGAAAACCUUCCCUUUUCCAGUUCAACUGGACUGGAGAAAGCACAAAAAAAAACUGUUUCCAUGGUCAUAGCCUUGGAGCAUUUUUGCAACAAAAAGGGGAUAUCUUUACCCCUCUGAACAGAGACUAUUGGUUGUGUUCAGUUAAAAAGUGCAAGAGGACUCGCAGUCCUCAUGGACGGUACAAUGAAUCGGAUUUCCCCCAUACCUAUCGGUUUGUGCUAGAUCUGUUUUCCUUCCUCUUGAGAGUUCAGCCCUAUCUCAUCCAUGAAGAAGUAUCUACAAUAGAACAUAAACUGUUUCAUUCCAAAUUGCAUAUGAAGUCCAGAAUAUUCAAAGUCCAAAAAAAGUGAAAAGUCGUAAGACCAGUGACUAUUGUAAUGAAGGCCUAUAGUAACCAAAAAUAAUCCAUGCAAGUUUCAUGCUGCAUCUCACUAAUUCCAUGGAAAUCAUCAAGUUUAGAUACAUCCUAUCUGCAAUUAGUUUAUAUUUAGGAAGUCAGAAAUCAAAUGCCCAAUCUAACAACCAAGCUUUGUGAAGGAAAAAAAUCAGUGAUGAGUUUGAAUACUACCUCUGUUUUCUCAGGUCUCUCCUGCUUAGCAGUCUUUGUUUUGUAAAAGAUGAACCAGUUUGUUAAACAACAGUUUUCCGCAAAAUGCCUAUAAUACUGGGAAGACCCCGUUUCCUAAACAUCCAGUUUGGGAAACUUUUGAGUUUGUGAUUCAUACAAACUGAGUUUAAGAUGAAUUUGUUGGAUGAGUAAUAUGUUUGAACCAGGGGUGAAAUGUAAAAUUUGUUACUACCGGUUCUGUGGGUGUGGCUUGGUGGUGGUGGGUUAAUGUGACUGGGUGGGCGUGCCCAACUUUUUUUUUUUUAACUUUUCAAAGCAUUUUUUCUAAUGCUUUGAAAAGCCUCUGCAGAUCAGGCAACUCAGCUGGGAUCGUCAGAGAGGCUUUUUAAAAAAUACCUCUCUGCCGAUCAGGCAACUCAGCUGUGAUCAUUAGAGACUUUUCAAAGCAUUUUUUUUGGCCACCUCUUCGGUUGCAAGAGGUUGCAGAAAAAAAUGCUUUGAAAAGCCUCUGACAAUCCCAGCUGAGCCGCGCGAUUAUCAGAGGCUUUUCUUUUUUUUUUACUUUUAAAAGCAUUUUUUCGUCAGAAGAGGUUGCAGAAAAAAUGCUUUUAAAAGUUAAAAAAAAAGCCUCUGAUGAUCGUGCGGCUCAGCUGGGCAUUGGGGGGGGGGCGCAGGGAUUUUUGCUACCAGUUUUCUGAACCACCCGCCACCAUCGCUACCGGAUUGGGCGAUCCGGUCCGAACCGGGAGCAUUUCAUCCCUGGUUUGAACUGAAUCUUGCAUAUCCAUUCAUCAGGUAAAUUGUAGAAAAGAUGAGACCUGACUACCAAAGUUUGUUUUUUACUGUGCAAUAUCAAGGAUGUUGUAAAAUGUUCAUACAUUUAUUUAUAUUGUAUAAUAUAAGCAAUAUAGAUAAUAUUUUCUUUAUAUACUUCUAUAAUAUUUUUUUCAUUGAAGUGUAUUUAUUACUGCAAAAAAUAAAACUUGAUAUAUUGAAAUCUUACCUUUUUGGAAAUUAAAAAUAAAUCUGAAUCUAAUGAAA